AUGCCAGCCGUUGUUCGUAUAAAACGUAGAAUUGAUGAGGAGCCGCUUAGUGCAUUCAUAUUAAAUAGCAAGAAACGACGCCGUUUAGAAGAUAACUCAGGAGAGGAAGCAGCGGRAGAAGCCGCAGGUACUGCUGCAGGGGUAGGCACUGGUGUUAAUGGGGUUUUAAAUGACAAAGAAGGCGAAGUAUCAACAAUACUCAAAUUUGCGGGCACAAUACAGGAUCAGGAUGAUGGCGCUACUACCCAGUUGGCGCGACUUACAAAAGAAGCUGCCAAAGAACUUGUGUUACAGAAAUCUAUGCGACCACCCAGUAAUCAUACCGAACGUGCAAGACAGGAAAUGCGGCAAGCAUUGCACGAGAGCCGGUUCCGUGUAGUCAAUUGUAUGCGUACCACACUAGAAGACGCAAAUGCAGCUGAAGCGGCAAAAGAAGUGACAAUUGUCGAUAUUGAAAAGCAAGAGGCUGGUGCACAAACAGACAACGUGCCAACGUCCGCUACGGCAGAUGGACAAGCACAUUUGUCACAGAAUGUCGCACAACAACAACAAAGACAGACAAUAGAUGGGGAUGCGCAACAUUUCGCCGCACAUGACACGCAUAAUGCACAGCAAGCGACUGACUCUGACACAGGCUACGUAUAUGAUUUGUAUUUGCCAGAGAAUGAAUUGCAAGUGGAAUAUGCUGAUAUGAUGGAUGAUAACUAUUUAAGCAUACGCCCAUACGAUGAUCUAAUCUAUGAAGAUCGUUUUAAUGAUGACGAAGAUGACGAUUCGGAGGAUUCGAAUAAUGAAAAUUACUAUACAAAUGAUUAUCCCGAUGAGGACGAUGAUAAUGAGGAUUAUAAGGAUUCCUUUGAUCAUGAAGACAUAGAUGCCAUGGCAUUGGGUAUGCGGCACAUGCGUAUGGGCAUUCAGCAAGGUUACAUUCACACUUUUGAUGACGAUGACUCUAGCGUAUCCGGCUGUGAAGAUUCCUCUGAUGAUGUUUACUAUGAUGAGGAAGACCAUAUAUUUGGACGAAAUAUUAGGCGUAAUAAUGGCGGUGCUGAUGAUGACGACGACGAGGAUGAUGAUGAUGACGUCGACUAUUAUGAUGCUGGCGGUAAUAGCGAGGACUCGGAUGCCUAAAUUAAAGGACUUGUUCAUUUGGAGUAACAUUUGAUUUUAAUAAAUCAGUUAAACUUA